UUUAUUCAACGCAAAUAUUUCCAAAUCAUUCAUAGUGAAAUCACGAUGACUGAUAAAGUCGCAGCUCCAGUUGUUGCUGUAGGGUCAGCAUCUCCUGCCCCAGCCAAAACCGAGGUCGCUAAAAAGGCCCCUAAGGCAAAGAAUCCGAAGCCUAAACCAACUCAUCCGAGUACAGCUGACAUGGUCAAUGCCGCUGUCAAGACCCUUGCCGAACGAAAUGGAUCAUCUCUACAGGCGAUUAAGAAAUACAUCGCUUCAACUUACAAGAUUGACACCACGAAACACGCACUCUUCAUCAAGAAAUAUUUGAAGUCAGCCGUUACUGCGGGAACUCUCGUACAAACGAAAGGAAACGGCGCAUCUGGAUCAUUCAAACUUGCAGUGAAGAAGGCUGAUGCUUCCAAACCAAAAUCCAAACCGGCAACAACCAAAAAGGAAGGCUCACCGAAGAAAACUGUGGUUAAAAAACUGUCUGCGAAGAAGGUAGAAAGCGCAAAGCCCAAAGCUAAGAAAGCAGCUUCUCCUAAGAAAAUCUCGCCGAAGAAACCAGCUGCUGAGAAAAAAGUCGCCAAACCGAAAGUGACGAAAACUGCUAAAACCCCGAAGAGCCCUAAAGCAAAGAAGGCCACCAAAGGACCAACUGCGAAGCCUAAAGUUCCCAAACCAAAGAAAGCGGCUCCUUUAAAGACUAAAGCAGCAGCUAAGAAAGUAUCUCCGAAAAAGUGAAUUGAAUAUAAUCUUUCAAUUCAACCAUGAUUUAAACAAAACGGCCCUUUUCAGGGCCAAUAA